UUUCCUCAGACGCCGCUUAGCCGGAAAGCGUGGCGAUGGGAGAGCGGUGGAAUUCGAUGUGGAAUGCAGAACGAAAUAAACUCGUGAAAAUGCAUCGGAAGCGGUGUUUUAUUUAUUAAAGGCAGUUGGACGCAGGGUUGUAAUCGGUUGCAACAAUUGUAACGAUCCGAUUGUGAUUGUCAAGUUACUGCCGCAGCGAAUUCGCUGCGGGCUAAUGGUCGUCCCAUUCUGUUUUAAACAGCUUUAUUUAAGACGGAAACGUUUUGUUUAAGUUUGUGUGAUUGCAUAAGUUUAUGAAUCCCAACGAGAGUAUAUUAUGUAAACGAGAGGAAACGUCAAGAGUAAAACGCGAGCAUUAUUGUAGCAUAUUUGCUAACAUGUGAUGAUGGGUUAGCAUGACAGAUGUCCUGUCAACUAAUAAAGCUAAGAACUGACGAACAACUUUACAUCAGCUGCUUUUUGCGAUUUAAUUUUUGUAAUUGUGCAAUUAUUUUUAUAUUCCCAAGUUGUGUUCUUUAAAUAUGUUUCCGCUAUUUGGCUAAAAUGGACAUCAGAAAUGCCCGCUCUAAUGCGGUAGUUCGUGUAUAUUUGGCAGAUCAUGCUGUUAGCCCAGGUGAAUCGGGACACCCAGGGCAUGGAGUUUCAGAGUGUGGACGGGGACCCACAGCAGGUCACCCUUUGCCUGACAGAGGCAGUAACAGUUGCAGAUGACAAUAUUGAUGGAAUGGACACCGUGAGCCUGCAGGCAGUGACUCUGGUGGAUGGAUCCACAGCAUACAUCCAACAUAGCCCUAAAGUUUCUCUCACAGAAAACAAAAUAAUGGAGGGACAAGUGAUUCAGCUGGAGGAUGGAUCUGCUGCUUAUGUCCAGCACCUGCCAAUGUCUAAAACGGGUGGAGAAGGUUUGAGGCUAGAAGAUGGGCAAGCUGUGCAACUAGAGGAUGGAACGACUGCUUACAUUCACGCACCCAAAGAAACAUAUGAUCAGGGCGGAUUACAGGCUGUUCAGUUGGAGGAUGGCACCACUGCAUAUAUUCAACAUAUGCCUCAGUCCAACACCAUCUUGGCCAUCCAGGCUGAUGGUACUGUAGCAGACUUACAAACAGAGGGCACGAUUGAUGCCGAGACGAUUAGUGUACUGGAGCAAUACUCUACUAAGAUGGAGGCCACAGAGUGUGGCACAGGGUUAAUUGGUCGAGGGGACUCUGAUGGUGUCCAUAUGCAGAUUGUACUGCAGGGUCAAGACUGUCGUUCACCUAGAAUCCAGCAUGUUGGAGAAAAGGCCUUCCGAUGUGAACAUGAAGGGUGUGGAAAACUCUACACUACAGCUCACCAUCUGAAGGUUCAUGAAAGAUCACAUACUGGAGAUAAGCCCUACAUUUGUGAUCAUUUGGGUUGUGGCAAAAAGUUUGCAACAGGAUAUGGUCUCAAGAGUCAUGUCCGAACACACACUGGAGAGAAACCGUACCGCUGUCAAGAGCUCAACUGCCUUAAGUCUUUCAAAACUUCUGGAGAUUUACAAAAACACACAAGAACACAUACAGGUGAAAAACCCUUUAAAUGUCCGUUUGAAGGCUGUGGGAGAUCUUUCACCACAUCCAACAUUCGUAAAGUCCACAUCCGAACUCACACAGGCGAAAGGCCAUAUUACUGUGCCGAACCCAACUGCGGAAGGGCCUUUGCAAGUGCCACCAAUUACAAAAACCACAUGAGGAUCCACACAGGUGAAAAGCCAUAUGUCUGCACAGUUCCUGGGUGUGACAAACGUUUCACAGAGUACUCCAGUCUAUACAAGCACCAUGUGGUUCAUACGCCCUGCAAACCCUACAACUGUAAUCACUGUGGAAAGACGUAUAAGCAGAUUUCAACCUUAGCCAUGCAUAAACGCACCGCACACAAUGACACCGAGCCUAUAGAAGAGGAGCAAGAAGGUUAUUUUGAGCCUCCUGCAGAGGCCAUUGAUGACCCUGGGUUAAUGUAUACUCCAAGUGUGGUGGAUGACGACUCUGGAUCUGAGCAAGUGUCAGGAUCUGAGAUCAUGGGACAACAUCAUGUGGCUCUCAUAUCCCAGGAUGGCACGCAACAGGUUCUGUCUCAAGCAGAUAUGCAGGCUAUGGGAGGCACGAUUACAAUGGUAACACAAGAGGGGACCACCAUAACAAUCCCAGCCCAUGAAGCAAUGCUUUCCUCAGGGGGAGCACAUUCAGUUACUAUGGUAUCUGCAGACGGCACUGAGGGACAAGUGGCCAUCGUAACGCCGGAUCUGGCAGCUUACCAGACAGAAGAGGGGGAGCUGAUCCAGGAUCAGGAACAACAUGAAGUUUCCACAAGCCCACACCCGGUCACUCUGCUGGCUACCUCUAACGGCACACACAUAGCUGUGCAGCUAAGUGAUCAUCCGUCCCUAGAAGAAGCCAUCAGAAUAGCAUCAAGAAUACAACAAGGAGAAACUCCCGGCAUGGACGAUUAACUCAUGUUGUAUAACUUAUCAAUGAACUAAAGGUCUCAAGGAUUUGUGUGUGUGUAAGUCUGAGUGUUGUAAAAAUAUUUUUUUCUAAUGCUGGCAUCAUGAUCGCUAUAUAUCAAAUAUAUUUUUGUGUGGAUAUGUACAUAGCUGUUUUAAAAGUAGAGUUUUCUGUAUAUAUUUGAUUAUGCUAUUUUUGCAAGCUGUUAAAAAAGGUCUAUGAUAAUAAUAAUAAAAAGACAAAAUCUA